AGAGCUGCAUCCAGUCAGUGUCAGAGCUUCAUGCUGCUGACAACACACCACUCUCCUCACUGUCACACUGAUUCAGUAGCUAAGACCCAAGUGGCCAUGCGGGAAUCAUAAUAGACAGGGAGGCACAAAAAUACCAAGACAUUUGUAUGAAUCUGCUGACAACAGGCUAGCACAGAGGACGAGCUUCUUUAUGUCUUAGCUCUCCAUGAUAACGUUAGCUGUUGUCGGCACACACCCGAGUCCGAGGUCUGAAUGCCUCCAUGGUGACAUUUUCUCUUUUUAAAAGACUUAUCACCUUAAUAAGUGAGGUUUUUCUGCAGAGAGAUGGCAGACAGUGCAGGGCUGCAGUUUGUCAGCCCCUAUGCCUUUGAAGCCAUGCAGAAGGUGGAUGUGGUGCGUCUGGCUGCUCUCAGUGACCCAGAGCUGAGGCUGCUGCUGCCCUGCCUGGUGAGGAUGGCUCUAUGUGCUCCGGCUGAUCAGAGCCAGUCCUGGGCUCAGGACAAGAAACUGAUCCUCCGCCUGCUCUCUGGGGUGGAAGCUGUCAACUCCAUUGUGGCUCUUCUGUCUGUGGACUUUCAUAACUUGGAGCAGGAUGCACGAAAGGAGCAACAGCUAAGGCACAAGGCAGGCGGGUCCAACGGAGAAAGUAUCCUGGUGUCACAGUUACAGCAUGGUCUGACGCUGGAGUUUGAACACAGCGAUCCCCUCAGGAGACUCCGUCUGACCCUCAGUGAACUCCUGGCCAUCAUGAACAAGGUGGCAGACUCAAAUGGAGAGUUUUUCUUAAAGUCGUCCGAACUCUUUGAAAGCCCUGUGUACCUGGAAGAGGUUGCUGAUGUCCUUUGUAUUUUACAAGCAGAGCUGCCUUCCUUGCUGCCCAUCGUGGAUGUGGCAGAGGCUUUGCUUCAUGUCCGCAAUGGAGACUGGUUCCUGUGCCUGUUGGUCGCUAAUGUCCCUGACAGCUUCAAUGAAGUUUGUCGAGGUUUGAUCAAGAAUGGAGAGCGUCAGGACGAGGAGAGUGUCGGUGGUCGACGUCGGACUGAAGCUCUGAGGCAGCUGUGUCAGAUGAACCCCUCACAGGCCCUCAACAUCAGAGCCAUGGUGGUGGAGGAGUGUCACCUGCCUGGUUUGGGUGUGGCUCUGACUCUGGACUAUAAACCCGAUACAGCGGACGAGGCAGUUAGUCCGCUGGUCUCUUAUGUCAGCGGACUACUGCUGGGCACCAACAGCAAAGUCCGCACAUGGUUCAGCAUGUUCAUUCGCAAUGGACAACAGAGAAAGCGAGAAAGCAGCUCAGUGCUGUGGCAGAUGCGCAGACAGCUGCUGUUGGAGCUGGUCGCCAUCCUGCCCCGCUCACGUAGCACCCACGUACCUAAUGACAACGGUAUGGAAGUGGACGGUGGCUCGGGGUACUCUGGACUCAGGGAGGAGCACGUGGUGAAGGCCAGCGCUCUGCUCCGACUCUACUGUGCCCUCAUGGGCAUAGCAGGCCUCAGACCUACAGAUGAAGAGGCCGAGCAGCUCUUGCAGUUGAUGACCAGCCGGCCUCCAGCCACUCCUGCAGGUGUUCGCUUUGUCUCUCUGUCAUUCUGCAAGCUGCUGGCCUUCCCCACUCUGGUCAGCACUCCAGAGCAGGAACAGCUGAUGGUCAUGUGGCUCAGCUGGAUGAUCAAAGAGGAGGAAUAUUUUGAGAGUGCUGCGGGCGUAUCUGCUUCUUUUGGAGAAAUGCUAUUACUGGUUGCCAUGUAUUUCCAUAGCAACCAGCUCAGCUCCAUUAUCGAGUUGGUGUGCUCUACUUUGGGGAUGAAGAUUGCCAUCAAGCCCAGCUCGCUGAGCAAAAUGAAAACCAUCUUCACACAGGAGAUCUUCACAGAACAGGUGGUGACGGCACAUGCAGUGAGAGUGGCAGUGACCAACAAUCUAAGUGCAACCAUCACCGGGUUCCUCCCCAUUCACUGCAUCUACCAGCUGCUCCGGAGCCGAUCCUUUACCAAGCACAAAGUGUCCAUCAAGGAUUGGAUCUAUCGACAGCUCUGUGAGACCACCACCCCCAUUCACACCCAGCUGAUUCCUCUCAUCGACGUCUAUAUCAACUCCAUCCUCACUCCAGCGUCCAAAGCCAACCCAGAGGCCACCAACCAGCCAAUCACUGAGCAGGAGAUCCUCAAUGUCUUCCAGAGCUCUGCUGGGCAAGGGGAGGCUAGCCGAGGAGGACGACAACGCUACUCCAUCACCACCCAGCUCCUUAUCCUGUACUACAUCCUGUCUUAUGAGGAGAACUUGCUGGCGAGCACCAAACAGCUGGCCCUGAUGCAGAGGAAGCCAAAGUCCUACUCAGCAGCUCUGAUGGACCAGAUCCCCAUUAAGUACUUGGUUACUCAGGCCCAGGGUCUGCAGCAGGAGCUAGGAGGUCUGCACUCUGCCCUCCUGAGACUGCUGGCAACCAACUUCCCCCACCUGUGUCUGGUGGAGGACUGGGUGUGCGAGGAGGAAGUGACUGGUACUCUGCCUCUACUGAGGAAGAUGAUGCUCCCCAGCAACACCUGCAGAUACACCCAGAGCCAGCUCCACCAGGCCUUCCAGAAGUUACCAUCCAGUAGUCCCAGGCUAAUGCGGAUCCUGGAGCACUUAACCCUGCUGUCCCCUGGAGACCUGAUCCCGUAUGCGGAGGCCCUCACAGCCAGUAUGGCUCUGCUGCUGGAGCCCGCCGUGCCUCGACGAAUACUGCAGACCCUUAACAAGCUCUGGAUCGGACUCAACACCGUGAUGCCCCGCAGGUUGUGGGUGAUGACGGUAAACGCCCUCCAGCAGUCAGCCAAGCUGCUCCGGCAGCAUACAUACACCCAGAACGACCUGAUGGUGGACCCUCUCAUCGUGCUGCGCUGUGAUCAGAGGGUGUACAGAUGUCCCCCUUUGAUGGACAUUGUCCUCCACAUGCUGAAUGGCUACCUGCUGGCCUCAAAAGCUUAUCUUCACUGUCACCUGAAGGAGACGGCCGACUUCGAUCGUCAGAGCCUAACCGUCUCAAACCUGGGCGCUCCAGGGCAGCCGGAGACACCUGAGGUCACCAGGGAGGAGCUGAAGAACGCCCUUCUAGCUGCACAGGACAGUGCCGCAGUCCAGAUCCUCCUGGAGGUGUGUUUGCCGACCUCUGAAGAGCAGCAGCUGGGGGCCAACACGGAGAGCCUGCUGAGGAGCAUCAGGGGCCCCGUUCCAGGGAGAUCCAAACAGGGGAGCCUGGGGCCAAGAGCCACGGGGAGCAUGGAAAACGGAGAGCCUGAGGGAUGCCUGCUCAGCGACCUUAGGGAGGUGCAGUGUCUCAUCUGCUGUCUGCUGCAUCAGAUGUUCAUCGCCGACCCAAAUAUUGCCAAGUUGGUGCACUUUCAGGGUUACCCUCAAGCUCUGCUGCCUCUCACUGUGGCAGGCAUCCCCUCCAUCCAUAUCUGUCUGGACUUCAUCCCAGAGCUGCUGGCCCAGCCCCAGCUGGAGAAGCAGAUCUUUGCCAUCCAGCUGUUGUCAUACUUGUGUACACAGUACGCCCUGCCCAAGUCUCUCAGUGUUGCCAGGUUGGCGAUCAGUGUCAUGGGGACCCUCCUCACAGUGCUGACUCGGGCCAAGCGUUUCUCCUUCUUCAUGCCCAUCCUGCCGUGUCUGGUGGCGUUCUGCCAGGCGUUCCCUCCUCUCUAUGAUGAUGUGGCCGCUCUGUUAGUGCAAGUGGGCCAAGUCUGUGCAUCGGACGUCGCCACCAAAGCCCGGGACGUCGACCCUCUCGUCGCUCGCCUACAGUAUUUGAAGGAGAAGCCGCAGGGAGCCGUGGCGUCAGGAGGAGCAUCAUCCAAGCUCACGUUACCCCAGAGGACGGCAGAGGAGCUGGGCGGAGCGGACCCGGACGUCCAGCUUUGCUACUGCGUAGAGGCCACCUUCAUGGACAUCAUCAGCUCCACCCUCCACGGACUAUAGAGCAGAGGGGAUUGUUAUAAAGGAGCAGAGUUACAUUUUCAACAAAUCAAAGCCUUCCACUGACCGACAUUAACACUCCUGAGAGAGGGCUACAUUCAACACACAUCUACUCAUGUUCAACACACAGACUCUGAGUCGUGUCGCCUCGUGUCUUCAGACCAUGAACGGUGUAACGCUCAUAAUGUGCUCAUCGACCACAUGCUGUACAGGAUACUCAAUCUGGGCUCUUAAGUCCGGGCAGAGGUCGCGCACUGACCUCCAUCAGGCUCGUUUCUGACGCUCUGUAAAUAAAGAAUUUCGCUAUUGAAUUAGAAAACGUAGGUUAAUAAUGGGCUCCGUUUGUAGAAAGUAAAAUAUUAAAAAUGAUUGAGGGGUCCAUUUUCUUGACCUCAAGGCAUAUUUUUCUAAGAGCUACACGUCGACCUUUUCAUCAGCCGAUUAAAAAAAGGAAAUGAUGCCUUCUAAUAAUAUGUAGAGCUUUUGUACUGUAUUUGUUUGUAAUAAAACAAAAAAACAACAACUUU